CCUAUCCCGGGACUGUGGCUCAUAUCGAAUCAGACCAAAUGGAAUUCUGCACUGCCUUCUUAAAAGAUUCCGUACAUUUUAAUUCGCACAUACACAUAUUCCUCUGACGUUUUGCCCAGCAUACAACACACCGCUGGCGUGACCAGAAAAAGCUGCUCGGUUACAUUGAGAAUCGAGACAGCAGCAAAGACAUCCGAGAGAAAAAAUACAAAAUAGACUCUUGCACCGCUGUCAGAAGAGACCCGAGGAGAGGCCCAGCCACCAUGCCGCUGUUCGGUAAAUCCCACAAGAAUCCCGCCGACAUCGUCCGGACUCUGAAGGAGAACAUGGCCAUCCUGGUCAAACAAGACAAGAAAACAGAUAAGGCAUCAGAGGAGGUGUCUAAGUGUCUUGUGGCCAUGAAGGAGAUACUAUAUGGGACCGGUGACAAGGAGCCUCACACAGAGACAGUGGCCCAGUUGGCCCAGGAGCUCUACAACAGCGGCCUGCUCAUCUCCCUGGUGGAAAACCUGCAGGUCAUCGACUUUGAGGGGAAGAAGGACGUGUGUCAGAUCUUCAACAACAUCCUGCGGAGGCAGAUCGGCACCCGCAGCCCCACCGUCGAGUACUUCUGCUCUCACCAAGAGGUGCUAUUUGUGCUGCAAAAAGGGUAUGAGACCCCUGGGUCUGCGCUGAACUGUGGCAUCAUGCUGAGGGAGUGUAUCAGACAUGAGCCACUGGCCAAGCUGGUUCUCCACUCAGAACACUUCCAGCACUUCUUCAAUUACGUAGAGAUGGAGACCUUCGACAUCGCCUCAGACGCUUUCGCCACCUUCAAGGACCUGCUCACAAGACACAAGGUCCUGGUAGCUGAAUAUCUAGAACAGAAUUAUGAUGCCAUCUUUGACCAGUAUGAGAAGUUAUUACACUCUGAUAACUAUGUGACAAAGAGACAGUCAUUAAAGUUGUUGGGAGAGCUUCUGUUGGACAGGCAUAACUUCACAGUGAUGACCCGGUACAUCAGCAAGCCUGAGAACCUGAAGCUGAUGAUGAACCUACUGAGGGACAAGAGCCCUAACAUACAAUUUGAGGCCUUCCACGUCUUCAAGGUGUUUGUGGCGAACCCCAACAAGACGCAGCCCAUCAUAGACAUCCUGCUGAAGAACCAGCCCAAACUCAUCGACUUCCUUAGCAACUUCCAGAAGGACCGCAUGGACGACGAGCAAUUCAACGACGAGAAGACCUACCUAAUCAAACAGAUCCGAGACCUAAAGAAACCCGCCUCUUAAAACCUUACCCCCAUUCGUCCCCAAAACCCUUCCCCUUAGCUAGGACCUUUACCCUAACCUUUACUUUUUGUCGACAAAAAAUACAUUGACAAUAAUUAUUCAAUUUCUUAAUGUUAAAGACAUUCUUUUUCUUGGUUCCUUAAACUUUGCAGAGAAUAGUUCUUAAUCACAGAUUUUCUUUCAUUGUUUUUACUUUUAAAUGAACCCUUUUCUUAUUAGUGUGUAGUGUUCCAAAACGGGAAGGGGAUUUCCUCUCUUGGAGGGAACCAAUGCUUAGAGACCUUUAGGUGAUUGGCUGAGGGAGCUGUGGAGACCACUGGUCAUCACUUUAAUUGCGCAAAUAUUUUUUUGAAAAUGUUCUCUUUUCAUUGCCACUUGCAGGCACGAGCCAGCUAGAUAGUUCUGACUUCUUUCUAAUACUCUCCUAAUCUAACCACAGUACAACUGAAGUAUCCAGAAUCAUAGGAAUUGCUAUUUCUCUAUUAGAGGAUCCAAAUGGUAUUCUCAAAUGUUCCAUAGAACUCCUCUUCAAACUCACAUUCCCUGCUAGUCUUACUCCUGUGGUUGUACUUCCACUAUUUACACUUAAGUUAUGUUUCAACACUGUAGUAGGUCCUCUGACAUGACAACUCUACAUUUGAUCUUACAAGGAACAUAUAAGAUGUCUGGUGAUCAGCGGGACCAUUCUUCUACUGCUAACCUUCGUAUAGAAUAUGACUUAUCAAUAGUUUUGAUAAUUGAUUCUCCAUGGAUGGCUGGUAGCACUUUCUAUAUCAUUCAACGCUAAAGGAGCGAUUCCUUUUUGAUUUAAGCUGAUGAAGUAGAAUCCUGUUGAACAGGAAACUAUCUUGACGAUUAAAAAAAAAGUUUGUCUUCUGUAUAAAAGCUGGUUUUAACCCAUAAGUAAGUGCCAUUGCGGGUGACAGAAAAAUCCAGAUUUGUUUUUCUGUACGAAAGUGAUUUCUUUGAACUUGUUCUUAUUUAGAUGGUGGAGGGGGAUGGUUGGUGGAACACAUUAACAGUAGGGGUACAUACAUAGGUGCCUUUUUGUUUUUCCUUUAUUUUGUAUUUUAUAUACUUUUUUUCUGGGCGGCGCUUAAUUCUUAUUUAGAAAAAUAUGGUCUGGUUGAAUAUAUUAGUCGUGAUUAAGCAAUGAAUCUUGAACUCACUAUAUUUGAGUUGUGCAGUUGAAAGGAUAUUGUACUUUAAGAGAACUUGUUGCAGUUCAUUGAUCACAUCAUAAAACUAGGAACCAGGAGGCCAAAACUCAGGACUGAUUGUCCAGGAAAGUGAACAUACCAGUAAACUGGAUAUGGUAGAAGCAUCUUGCUUUUUUUACAUGUAGCUUGUUUUGGGGGAAGUCUAAAUUAAAUAACCUCAGACAAAUUGAGCCAAUGCAUAUUUUAAUUGUGGUGGUUGAGCUUAAAUUACAAUCACAUCUAAAUUAAAAAUAUGAACUAAUAUGGCUCUUCAAUGUAAUAUUGAAUAAUAAAUGUGAUGAGCACCAUGCCAUGGGACAAGUGAUUGUUCUUUAAAUUGCCAAAUACUUUUUAAUUUAAAAAAAACAUUUCUAGAUUGGACUUACAUUUACAUUACAUUUAAGUCAUUUAGCAGACGCUCUUAUCGAGAGCGACUUACAAAUUUGACACACAAGGGAUAGUGUCCUCAAUGCCCUUGUCGUUUUGGUGAAACUGUCAUUCCAGCCCUGUUCUAUAUCUGGUGCUAACAUGCAAUCUUGAUCACAUUUCUAGACCAGUGUAGACAAUUAAUUGUGAACAGAUCUUCCUGACCACAGAGGUAGCCGGGGACAAAUUGAUUGGUUUGAUGAAAGUUCCGUGGGCAGAGCUUAGUGACAUGUCAGUGGGUGGAGUUUACAAGUAAAGACAAGUGUUUCAGGGAGGUGGACUGCUUGUGGGAGGGUGUUAAACAGGUUGCGUCCCAAUGCGGCUUUUGUUUUCCAACCUACUUAAAUGCUAUCUGACAUUCUAAAAUGACAAAAGGAAUGAACAGCUUUAAAAUGUACUAAAACAAUAAUGGUGCCCUCCCUGCUGGUGCUGUGGGCUAGGACCAAAGUCACAGGUUCAAGUCUUGCCAUGCCAAUGACCUUUCUCAAAAGGUAUAUUUUGAACCCUAGUCCCUCCGUAUUCAAAUGAGAUUCCCAAUGUUAAGACAUAUUGAUCCCUUGAAUCAAUGAUUUUAGAAGGACUAUUAAUUGUUUGACAGUCCAGAUCUGUUUACACUUGUAAAAUAAAGAUACAAUUAGUCCUCGAUGGCCUCUGGAGGUAGUCAGGAAGAAUCACCAUCAAUAAUUGUAAUAUUCUACACGGGUCUAGAAACGGUCACAAUCAGAAUAUGGACACGAUCAAGACACAGGACCCAUGUUAACACCAGGUAUAAACGGGGCUUCGAAUGGCAAACUGAUGUUGGAUUAAAAUUAUAAACAAGAGACUUAAAAGAUUCAGGCUGUAUCAGUAGGAACUUACACCUGAGCCAAAACAGGUUGACUUAACAUACUGUACUAAAGUAAUAUUGACCCUUUUCAACCAUGGAAUUAUUAUUUUUAAAUGCCAUUGAUACUACUGUACCACAACACCAAUAAAAAAUGCAUACAUUGUU